AAGUGUGAAAGACGAGAAAAAGCACCGGUUCUUGUCAUCGCCGUCCGUCCGCCUCUGCCGCCCCCGCAAGGCUUUGCUGUCGCCACCUCCAGCGACUUGCCGCGCUCGAUUCUCUCCGCUUCGCUUCCCGCCAACCGCAACCAUUGACGCCAUGUCGGGUUAUUCGAGUGACCGAGACCGCGGCCGGGAUCGAGGGUUUGGUGCCCCUCGAUUUGGAGGAAGUAGGGCAGGGCCCUUAUCUGGAAAGAAGUUUGGAAACCCUGGGGAGAAACUGGUUAAAAAGAAGUGGAAUCUUGAUGAGCUGCCCAAAUUUGAGAAGAAUUUUUAUCAGGAACACCCUGAUUUGGCUAGGCGUACAGCACAAGAGGUAGAGACAUACAGAAGAAGCAAGGAAAUUACAGUCAGAGGUCACAACUGUCCAAAGCCAGUCCUGAAUUUUUAUGAAGCAAACUUCCCUGCAAACGUCAUGGAUGUGAUUGCAAGGCAGAACUUUACUGAACCCACAGCUAUUCAAGCUCAGGGAUGGCCAGUUGCUCUAAGUGGAUUGGAUAUGGUUGGGGUAGCACAAACUGGAUCUGGGAAGACGUUGUCUUAUUUGCUGCCUGCCAUUGUCCACAUCAAUCAUCAGCCAUUUCUAGAGAGAGGUGAUGGGCCUAUUUGCUUGGUGCUGGCACCAACUCGGGAACUGGCCCAACAGGUACAGCAAGUAGCUGCUGAAUACUGUAGAGCAUGUCGCUUGAAGUCCACUUGUAUUUAUGGUGGUGCUCCCAAGGGACCACAGAUACGUGAUUUGGAGAGAGGUGUGGAAAUCUGUAUUGCAACACCUGGAAGACUGAUUGACUUUUUAGAAUGUGGGAAAACCAAUUUAAGAAGAACCACUUACCUUGUCCUUGAUGAAGCAGAUAGAAUGCUUGACAUGGGAUUCGAACCCCAAAUAAGGAAGAUUGUGGAUCAGAUAAGACCUGAUAGGCAAACCCUAAUGUGGAGUGCUACUUGGCCAAAAGAAGUAAGACAGCUUGCUGAAGAUUUCUUGAAAGACUAUAUUCAUAUAAACAUUGGUGCACUAGAACUGAGUGCAAAUCACAACAUUCUUCAGAUUGUGGAUGUGUGUCAUGACGUAGAAAAGGAUGAAAAGCUUAUUCGUUUAAUGGAAGAGAUCAUGAGUGAGAAGGAGAAUAAAACCAUUGUUUUCGUUGAAACCAAAAGAAGAUGUGAUGAACUCACUAGAAAAAUGAGGAGAGAUGGGUGGCCUGCCAUGGGUAUCCAUGGCGACAAGAGUCAACAGGAACGUGACUGGGUUCUAAAUGAAUUCAAACAUGGAAAGGCUCCUAUUCUGAUUGCUACAGAUGUGGCCUCCAGAGGGCUAGAUGUGGAAGAUGUGAAAUUUGUCAUCAAUUAUGACUACCCUAACUCCUCAGAGGAUUAUAUUCAUCGAAUUGGAAGAACUGCUCGCAGUACCAAAACAGGCACAGCAUACACUUUCUUUACACCUAAUAACAUAAAGCAAGUGAGCGACCUUAUCUCUGUGCUUCGUGAAGCUAAUCAAGCAAUUAAUCCCAAAUUGCUUCAGUUGGUCGAAGACAGAGGUUCAGGUCGUUCCAGGGGUAGAGGAGGCAUGAAGGAUGACCGUCGGGACAGAUACUCUGCGGGCAAAAGGGGUGGAUUUAAUACAUUUAGAGACAGGGAAAAUUAUGACCGAGGUUAUUCUAGUCUGCUUAAGAGAGAUUUUGGGGCAAAAACUCAAAAUGGUGUUUACAGUGCUGCAAAUUACACCAAUGGGAGCUUUGGAAGUAAUUUUGUGUCUGCUGGUAUACAGACCAGUUUUAGGACUGGUAAUCCAACAGGGACUUACCAGAAUGGUUAUGAUAGCACUCAGCAAUAUGGAAGUAAUGUUGCAAAUAUGCACAAUGGUAUGAACCAACAGGCAUAUGCAUAUCCUGCUACUGCAGCUGCGCCUAUGAUUGGUUAUCCAAUGCCAACAGGAUAUUCUCAAUAAGACUUUAGAAGUAUAUGUAAAUGUCUGUUUUUCAUAAUUGCUCUUUAUAUCGUGUGUUAUCAGACAAGAUAGUUAUUUAAGAAACAUGGGAAAUGCAGAAAUGACUGCAGUGCAGCAGUAAUUAUGGUGCACUUUUUCGCUAUUUAAGUUGGAUAUUUCUCUACAUUCCUGAAACAAUUUUUAGGUUUUUUUUGUACUAGAAAAUGCAGGCAGUGUUUUCACAAAAGUAAAUGUACAGUGAUUUGAAAUAAAAUAAAUGAAGGCAAUGCAUGGCCUUCCAAUAAAAAAUAUUUGAAGACUGAA